AAUCAGUUUUGGACAAGUUUUGACGAUGUUUUGGACUACGGUUUUGGAUGUUUUGACUCAAAAUUUCACGAGAAAAUUAGCAAGACAGGUUUAGAAAACUCAAUUAUCUUAUUCAAGUUAAUCAAAAAAAAUUGAUUUGUGAACAUAAUUUUACAUUACACUAAAAUUAGCAAGCUGAAAUUGCAUGCCCAUUUAUAAUAACUACAUGUUCAAGUAUGAAUAGUAAACAAAGCACAGCUAUUUAAUAUGAAAAAUCUAAUUCAAUGUUUUAUACGGGCCAGAAGAAACUGAAACUGAUCGCACGUAACGAGGGGAAAUUAAAGGCAUAUGAAUCUUGCUUUGAUGUGAGAGCAUGGAGUCAUGAUAUUGAGGCACGGGACCGGUACAUUAGGGACUGGAUAAAGAGCGAUAUGCCCAUUUGUGUUCUCCCUGUGCGUAUCGUGACUAGGUGCUUGAGAAAUAUGACUUGGAGACGUCAUGAAAAGUCUACGCCAAGAUGCCAUCCGAAUUGCAAAUCAAAAGUUGUCCUAGAAAGCAUUUGCAAUUCGUGCCAUGCAAUGAGAGAAUGUCUAAAAAAUGACGAGAACUUUGAGAAAUACUUCGACGAGGAAGAGUUUGAAACAAGUCAUUGGCCCUGUGAAAAAUGUUUAGAGGCCCUGAAAAGCAUAAAAAUGUUUUGGAAAAUAAUUACACAAAGAAUAUUCAGAAUUAGUUUCCCCAAAAAUGACGAUUUAGAAGGAGCGUGUUGUAGCAAUGAAAGUGUCCAAAGUGUGGCCAAGGUGUGGGAACAGGAGCUAGUGCAACAAGCGCUUGUCGUACAAAAUUUAACGCCUUUAUUAAAUACUCAAGUAAAUGAAAGACAGCCAUACUGUUGGCAAUCAUACACAAAUUAUUUGAAAAAAAUAAUGACAUUUGAUAACUUGCGAUUUAUAGUCGAAGAUGAUGACGAAUCCAACGUCAUGAAUAAAAAAUUGAAAGAAAAUCUGAAAGUCUGUAGCUGUGAAGAUAAGGCGACCGAAACAGAUUCUAAAAGAUCCAAUCAUACUGCGAAUAAAAGAAGAUCUAAGUUAACUAAAAAACUAAAUAAAUGUACAUCGUUCAGAGCCAAGACUGUGAAUUUUGGUAACGAUGCUUGCAAUAUAGAUGCCGAGGAAAUCAAUAUGUACAAAAAUAAUCUCGAUUAUUUACAACAACAAUAUAACAUGCAAAACGAUGAACUGAAUCAGCUGAAAGCAGAGAACAUGUCGCUAAAACUUCAACUUCAAAGUAUGACCAGAAAAUCUGCAUCUUCCUAUUUUACAAUGGUUAAAUCCGAUAACAGCGCCUCUGUGAUGCCAAUACCUUACGAAUCUUACUGUGAAGACGAAGAAAGUGUUAAGGUCAUUGAUUCCGAAAUGAUUAUAUCUUUAAAAGCUUGCGAAAAUGAGAAUUUCAAGCAUGUGUCGUUACUACAAGUACUUCAUAGAACCAAUGGCUCAAGAGUGAAAGAUGAAAAUUUUGUUGAUAAAAAUAACUAUUGCAAGGAAAAACAAGAUCCAAUUAAAAUUUUGGAAACAGUUCACAAAACUUUUGGCGCUAUUGUAAAAAGAGAACUUACAAUAGCAAAUCAAAGGAAACGCGACCCGAAAGUAGUAGAUAUUUAUGCAUCUUAUCAAAAAGUCCAUGCAAGUAGAUCCGUGCCCUCUUGCUCUACAGUCUCUUCCCGAUCUUCGCUAUCGGAUAUAUUUGUAUCUACGACUGAUGUGAAGGAAAUCUAACGUUAAUAUUUUGUAACUGAAAUAAUAUAAAUUGUGCUAUAAGUAUUCGAUGUCGGUGUCUAGUAAUUAAAUGAAAAAUAAAUAUA